UCCUAUCUCCCUCCUCCCGGGCUCCCCCUCGUCUCUCGGGCCCGUCCCCAAACCCGAACAUGAUGCAGCCGAUGCGGCUGCGGAGCCAAGGCCGGGGCUCCCCCCUCCUCUGCCUCUCCGCCGCCCUCCUCGCGGUCGCCCUGCUCCCCGGCGCCGCCGUCGCAGACGGCGUCACGCCUACCGAGGCGCUCCGGCUACGCGACGAGGUGAAAGAUAUGUUUUAUCAUGCAUUUGAUGGGUACAUGCAACAUGCUUUUCCACUUGAUGAACUGCGACCGUUGAGUUGUCAAGGGGAAGACUCCCUUGGUGGUUAUGCACUUACUCUUAUCGACUCUUUGGAUACUCUGGCUUUACUAGGUGAUAAGGAGAGAUUUGCUGCUGGUGUGGAGUGGGUUGGUAAGAACGUCCGCUUUGAUAUCAACAAAACUGUCUCAGUUUUCGAGACCAAUAUACGUAUCCUUGGCGGUCUGUUAUCAGCUCACUUGAUUGCCAGUGACUAUGCCACUGGUAUGAAGAUUGAGUCUUAUGAUGAUCAGUUACUUCAUUUGGCCGCUGACUUAGCCCAGAGGUUAUUACCUGCAUUUGACACUCCUACAGGUAUUCCAUUUGGAUCUGUUAAUUUACUGUAUGGAGUCGAUGAUGAUGAAAGCAAGAUAACAUCGACGGCUGGUGGUGGCACUUUGACAUUGGAGUUCGGUGUCUUGAGUCGGUUGACUAAUAACACUGUUUUUGAGCAAGUUACCAAAAAUUCAGUGCGUGGGAUAUGGGCACGCAGGUCAAAACUCAACCUUGUUGGAGCCCAUAUAAAUGUCUUCACUGGUGAAUGGACACAAAAGGAUGCAGGAAUCGGCACAAGCAUCGACUCAUUCUACGAAUAUCUUCUGAAGGCAUAUUUAUUGUUCGGAGAUGAAGAAUACUUGUAUGUAUUUGAAGAGGCUUACAAGGCUGCCAUGCACUACCUCCACCAUGAUCCUUGGUAUAUUGAGGUAAAUAUGAAUUCUGGUGCUACUGUUUGGCCACUAUUCAAUAGUCUGCAGGCAUUCUGGCCAGGACUUCAGGUUUUAGCUGGAGAUGUCGAUCCUGCCAUUCGAACACAUGCUGCCUUCUUUAGCGUCUGGAAAAAAUAUGGGUUCACUCCAGAAGGGUUUAAUCUCGCUACAUCUACUGUUCAGAAUGGACAACGGAGCUACCCGCUGCGGCCUGAGUUGAUUGAAAGCACAUAUUGGCUAUUCAAGGCUACCAGAGAUUUUAGGUACCUUGAUGUUGGAAGGGAUAUACUAGCAAGCCUUCAAUAUGCUGCUAAAUGUCCUUGUGGCUACUGCCACAUAUCAGAUGUGGAAACCCACAAGCAGGAUGACCACAUGGAGAGUUUUUUCCUUGCAGAAACGGUAAAAUAUCUCUGGCUUCUUUUUGAUUUAGCUGUAGGCCCUGAUAACAUUGUUGAAAAUGGGCCUUAUAAAUACAUAUUCAGCACAGAAGGCCAUUUGUUACCUGCUACUCCCGAAAUAUCCUUGGUAGAUGAGCAUUGCCUCUAUUCUGAAGCAUUCUGUAAUAACAGUACAGACCGUGGCUACAUCAGCGCUGAUGGUUCCAGUAAACAUCCAAGUGUUAACUGCACCCAUUUUGAUGAAAGACAGACUGUUUCCAGUCAAAAUUCAUUGUCCAAUGUUUUGUCUACAACAAGAGGUUACAUCAAGGGAGUUUGUCCAGGAUUGAGUCAUGCACAGAAACUUGGCAUAUCGUACCAUGACAACACGGUAGAGCAGAAUUCCAGAAGUCAUGAGAACCCCGAUGAAUCUUACACGGACCAAUCCAGUGUCCAGAUUCAAUCAAGUUCUGUGAUAUUGAUCUCUCAUCCAGCCACAAGCCCACCCGAUGAGCCUUUGGAAACCGGGUCAAGAACUCAAUACCUUGAAAAUAUUGUGGUAACUGGCGACUCUGAGCCGGUAGAAGUUAGUGGCUCGUCCGAAGGGAGCACCGAAAACCUUGCUGAGGACACCACCUUAGGCAUCUCUGAACAGAUAGAAGUUACUGCUGCUGAAGAGGUUGCGUCUCAGGACAUUCAUAUUGAAGAUGGUACCAGCUGACCAAUGGAGUAGGCACCAAUUUUCCCACCUAACUUGGAGCACCUUAUGAAUCGACAUUCAUUGACCGAUUUUGUUGUAGAUCUGAAAGUAAUAUUCUUUCGUAGCUGUCAGAUAUAUGUUUAACGAUAUGGUUUUGAUCAAAUAGCUGAUGUAAAGUUAUGUACACCAGAAGCAAAGGAACUACAUGGCCGAAAUGCAACAUACUACAGUAUCACAGAUGAGCAAUUUUACUGAGAA